AUGCUGGUUGGCGAAGCCAUCAGUGUGGAUGUCUCUCGGGUGGCGUGUGCGCCCCGUCACGCGGCGUUGAUCACGCGUAAUGGAGAGCUUUACACUUGGGGCGUCGGCAAAGACGGCAACUUGGGCCACGGCUGGUGCGGCGAUGUGCCCAAGCCACGCCUUCUGACGCGCAUGGGUGGUAGGGGCGUUCGCGCUGUGGCGUGCGGGGAAGGCGCCUCUGCUGCCAUCUCGGCGGAACAGCGAUUGUUCAUGUGGGGCAAGGGUAUCGCGGGGCAGCUGGGCAAUGGCUAUGCCUUUCCAUGCGCGGAGCCCGCGCCGGUAAUCUUCCCGGGGCUCCGGGACGACGUUAAGGUGCUGGCGGUCUCCUGCGGGCCCUACCACACGGCGGCGAUCACGGAGGGCGGUCUGCUGUACACCUGGGGCAACGGGCUGUUCGGAAGGCUCGGGCACGGGACACAGCGCGACGAGUACCGGCCGCGCAGGUGUGCAGGCAGCUUUCCGUUGGAGGACAAGUACGUCAUCAAUGUCAGCUGUGGGUAUUGGCACACGGCAGCUGUUGCGAGGCCGCGGAGCGGCGGCCGCAGGCGAGUUUGCUUGGUUGGUUGA